ACAGCUUGUAAGGAAGUUAAAACUGUCUUGUCUUGUGGUUUGCAAGCCAUAACGGUAGAACAACAUGGCACAAGGUUUAAAUUAACCAUGACUGUUCUUUCAUGACAGGACCAGCAGGAGCACACAGCUGAAUAUGUCCAACCGCAUGGGUCAUGAUCGGCCCAGAAAUCCCUUGCUCUCAGCUGUCUCGGCUCUCUUGUGGGCCUUGCACUUUGGAAUAUUGUUCGGAAGUGCACUGGUGACCGCUUGUCCCAAGAGCUGCCACUGCAUGGAGAAGAACAACCUUGCCGUGCUGCAGUGCAUGUCGCGCAACCUGGAGAACAUCCCGGCUGACCUGCCCCGUGACACUGUAGUCCUGCUGCUGGCCUCAAACAGGAUUACCAAGAUCCCCAAACAGGCCUUUAAGGACCUCAACAGAUUACAGGAACUGGAUCUGUCCAACAACGCCAUUGAGACGGUGGACGCUGGGGCCUUCCAGGGGGUCUCCGACGUCCUUCGGAUCCUGGACCUGUCCAACAACCGCAUAAGCAGCGUGCCCAAAGAGGCAUUCGCCAAACUUCGGGCCAAAAUCAGCCUCUCCAACAACCCCUGGCACUGCGAGUGCAGCUUGCAGGAGGUCCUGAGGGAGCUGAGACUGGACCCAGAGACGGUCAACGAGGUGAACUGUCACACGGCUGUGGCGGAGGAGUACGCCGGCAAACCCGUUAUCCAGGUCCUGGACUCGGGCAUCAACUUUUGCAACUUCCACCACAAGACCACCGAUGUGGCCAUGUUCGUCAUUGUGUUCGGCUGGUUCACCAUGGUGAUAGCCUACGUGAUCUACUACGUGCGGCAGAACCAGGAGGAUGCCAGGAGGCACAUGGAGUACCUCAAGUCCCUGCCCAGCAGCUCGCAGAUCAACAAAGACUUUGACACGAUCAGCACGGUUCUCUAGCAGGCCCGCUGUGGCACACAUUUGAGUGAGUGAGUGAGUGAGUGACUGAG